CCGUGCGUACGGAGUACAGCAUCACAUCACCGAAUGCGAUCAAUAAUAUUAAAUUAAAUAUUAAAUGAAGAUGCUCAGCCUGCAUUCAACCUACGGCCGAACUGGCUGAAAUAUUAUAACUGAUUCUCCUUGUCCUGUCAGAUGAGAUUGUAACUACCCCCCCCACCAAUAUUCGAUAUUCGUAUAUUAAAUUGAUACUUCUACUCACUUAAUACUUAUUAAUUUGAGUUGAAAUUGCAACUGGCUACUGCGUGUUUUCUUAUGAUAUGCUCGCUGUAAGUUAUAUGAUAUUCUCAUUUACAAGAAUCUUAUUUUACCGCCAUAUACCACUUUUAAACUGUCUCGCUAUCCGGUCCGGCCGGGAAGCGGUUAAAGACAUUCAUUCUUAUUUUAAGUUAACGGUCGAAAGCCAUGCCGGUCACUGGCCUAUAUUUCAUCCCCGCGAGCCAAAACUCGCCAACCGCAACAGGGACCGUGAUUGAGCGGCUUCGAUCCGCAUACAAUCCAACCCUGUGCGGGCGCUGGGCCCUAGAGCACAAAUUGCUACGAGAUACACCGUCAUGUCUACCACCAAGCGAUUAUGCUCCUUUACCGCCGCUGCAACCGCGCUUCAUGCAGUUUCUUUCCCUUAGUCACCGCCAACCAUACGGUUUCAUAUAUAUAUCUGACCGGCCCAAUCCGGACCCGUGGGACUCAAGAUCUUUGGGUGCAACGCAUGUAGGCCGUGUGCAGCCACAGCCGCAGCCGCAACAGCCGAAACAGCAGCAACAGCAACAACAACAGCAGCAGCAACAGCAGCAACAGCAGCAACAGCAGCAGCAACAACAGCAGCAACAACAAGAAAACCCUCCCCUGCACACACCCGACCCACCCUCCGCAGCCGGCAAAACGAUGAUGAUCCUCGAUUAUCCCUCCUACAUAUCCUUCCACGCCAUAACCCUUCGCGCCUGUGAACCCCUCUGGUGCCCGCGCCACACCAUCACCGUACCCAAUGGCAACCACUUCGAAAUCGGCGACUUCCGCAUCCGCAUCGGCGACGUGCGCCAGACCGCCCCGCAAACCCGUAUGCGCGGGACGAUUGUCGAGAUCGAAUAUCGUGGCCCCGCCGGCGCUGGCGAUGUUGCCGCUUCUGCUGCUGCUGCUGCUGCUGCUGCUGCUGGUGCUGAUACCCACCCCAUGACCGAUGGCGGUGAGACAUGGCCGCCGUCUAUCACUGAUGGCAAUAUCGGUCUUGGCGGUGGUCCUGGUGACGAGGACGGUAUCCUAUACCCGCAACUCGAGACAUUAUCGCCCUCGCCCUCGUCCUCAUCGGCGUUGGUAGAGGAUAUCCCGACGGACGAAGAUUGGGAGGUGGGGGAGGUGCUUAUCCGCGAGCUAUGGAGUCGGUUUGCGGUUGAGGGGGCGCGGGAGGUGAUUCGUGUGCCGCACUUGGGCAAAGAGGCGAGAGAGGCGAGGCGGUUGGGGAAAUUGGGGGAUAGAGCGGUGAAUGCGAGGAUUGCCGGGGCGGAUUUGGCGAGGCAGUAUAUGGAGGUUUUCAGGUUUAAUCGGUGAGAAAGGGGGUGAGAAGGAUAGAGUGACAAGGGUGUGGGAUGGUUGUUUCUUUUUUUUUUUUUUUUUUUUUUUUUGCUUUUCUCCCUUCCUUUUGGUUAUUGGCCGCAUAUCCCCAUUUUGUUGGGCUUGGGAGCUAGGCGUUCGAUGUGUCAGAUUUUUAUAUAUAUACGAUUGAUUUUAACUACACUACAUAAAUGAUAUCGGGGUGUUUAAGAAUGAAAAGCCCUAUGGUCGGGCUGCGUUCCCAAAAAGUGGGAUGGAUGCCAUUUACUCUAGGAGAGGUAGAUAAGUCAACAUAAAACUAAGAUCAAGAGAAGCGAAAGUUUCAUUGCCAUUUGCUUUUUCUAUUGUUAAAUUUCAUGAGGUUCAUGAGGCCAUUUCAAAUUACCAUGUAGCGGAAGUUUCAAUUCAUAUAGAACGUUAAGGGGGGAAGCGGUGAGGUUACUAAACAAACUCAGCGGCAAAUAUAUGGAAAUGGGGUGAGGGGG